AUGAAUGAAACAGUCGACAGUGUAUAUCGUUUCGUCAGUGAUCAAUCGUCAUCAGCAUAUAAUAAGAUGAAUUCAUUUGUUGCAUCUCUACGUCGUCGUUUCGAUAAGGUACUUACUGCUAACGCUAAUACAACUUCAAUACAUUCUUCAUCUCAGGCAAAAAAUGACGGUGAGAUUUUAUUGCUUAACGAAGUUAUAACCGACGCUUAUUUUAUGCUUGCUAUGACAAAUAACGAUAAUGAGGAUUUAAAAAAUUGUUUGCAUGCUGCUGAAAAUUUUCAAAAACAACAAACAUAUUCACCUACUGCUGCACGUCGUUUCAUUAACGAAAUUCGUUCAUUAAUAUCUUUAUCUCAUUCAGAUGAAAACUAUUUACCAAAUGUAAAAAUUGAUCAAAUAAGAAAACCGGAAAAGAAUUUCAAUGUCUAUGAUACAUUGAAUAAACAUCGUCCGAAUGUACGAUCCAAUCCAAAUAUGAACAAUAUCAAUAAAAACGAGGCCGGUAAGCCCGUUUCUAUGCAAAGAUAUUCGCUUCGUAGCUCUAUGCGUAAUUUAAUAAAACGUCGUUCAACAAAAGUUCCAUCUAAAAAAAUUCUAGGCUCAUCCAACGAUCCAGAAGCUCCACAUUUAUACGAAUCACUCGAUACACCUUCGCCAGAUCCAUCGCCUACAAACAAUUCAACAACAAAUGAACAAGUUUUUAAUUUUCCUCCAAGACUAAAAUCAUCAUAUAUAUUACCAUCGUCUAUUGUUGCACUUGAUCAUUUUACAACAAAUCUUUAUCUUGUUGUUAAUUCAACGUUAAAUCAAUUACUUGUUGUGUUUGGUUCAACAAAAAUUCAUACUAUUAAAUUAUAUGAUACAAAUGGUAGAAAAAUGAACCCCAAUGAUCUUAUUUUACAAUAUAAAUUUGAAGAUUUACAUGGAUAUAAAUUAUUAUCAUCGGCAUUAAAUAAUAAUUUACAAAACUGUCUAGUUGUUAAUGAAAUACGUGUUUAUGUUUCUGAAUCUCCCGAUGAUAUAACACCAAAUCAAACGUUAAAGCAACGUUUAUUAUUUUUUGAUCAAAAUGGUAAUUUUGUUUCAACAUCAAAACGUUUGCCAAUAACCAGCGAAUUAUUAUUCGUUGAAGUCGAUCGUGCAACACCAUCGAUCUAUGCAUAUGAUGGUUUAAGUUUAAUAAAUUUAGAUCGUAAUUGGUCAAUCAACGUUGAAAAUAUCAACUGUAUAGCAUCGGGUUCAACAUUUCUUGUUUGUUUACAUACAAAAACAAAUCAAAUCAGUAUUUACAAUAAUCAAACUGGUUCAUUCGUCUAUCGAUGGUUAAUAACAGCACCAAAAAUACAUUAUUUACAAACAGUAUAUUUAUGUGUAUCACGUCAUGAUUUAAUUUACGUUUUAGUUUGGAAUUGUGAUGUACAUCCUGCCAAUAAUCUUGUUCUAGUUUUUGAUCAAGAAGGACAAUUAUGUCGAGAAUAUUAUAUGCCAAAUCGUGUUAUACCAAAUAUACAUGGUGCAUAUACAUAUGAUAUGACACUUGGUGGUGGACAUCAUACACCAAAUUCACUAGGCAAUGUUAUUCGGCGACCAUCGAGGAAACCAGAUGCAUCAUCUAUAGCAUGGAUGCAACAACAAGCUAUGUGGAAUGCGAGUGGUAGACAUCCACAAAUGUGGUCAACUAAUUCGGCAUCACAAUCGCCCAUGCCACCAUUCUAUCGCGGUAUGGGAAGUCCUUAUGAAAUGUAUCAUCAUCAACAGCAACAAUCAACACAAGAGGAUAUUACACUUUUUCAUGCACGAUUUAUUGCAAUUACCGAUGAUGAUACAUUAAUUGUAUCGAACAUUGUUGAUCUUGGUAUAGAUGAAGAAACACAAGAAACAGCUCUUGUUAAUUUUAGUCGAAAAAUUCUAUUUUUUCAUUUAGAUACAUAA